AUGAAUGGCGAAGAACUCGAACUGCGCAUACCUUCAGUCCAAUGCGGCGUGGACCUGGUCGGCAUCUUGCACCGCAACCCUGGCUGGAAUGGUAGGCAACCUCGUCGAAUCGCACUCAUCCUACACGGUCUCCUCGCACACAAGAACCAGUGUUAUCACAAGCAGCUAGCGCAAGCUCUGCCGAUCGACUCUUAUCGCUUCGACUUUCGCGGAAAUGGAGACUCGGGGGGCGACUGGACUAUGGGUGACCUCGGGAACGAUGUCCAAGAUCUCUCGACCGUCGUCUCAUAUCUGCAUCGCAAGGAAGGCUACGUGCUGGAUCUGAUUGUCGGUCACUCGCGCGGGUCGAUGAUCUCGUGGAUGUACCUCGGCAAGGGCGAGAAGAAGUUGCAAGAAGACGGAGGGAGAAGCUUUGUGCCAAAUUUGGUGGUCUGUUCGGGAAGAUGGGAUAUGCAAAAGGUCUUGGAGACCUAUGCGAGCUUUCAACAAGGUUUUGACAGAGAAGGCUUCUACAGGUGGCAGAUCACCAGUGCGGGCAAGAAGAAGGAGUAUAUCGUCUGGCCGAACGACUUGAAGAACAUGUCGGCUUUCAAGUAUCCCACUGAGUUCGUAGCUGCGCUAAGCACCAACACGGAUGUGCUCAUUUUGCAUGGCACCGCAGACCGCACAGUAUUCGAGCAGGAUGCACACAGCUACCUUGCAGCACUCGACAGCAACAAGAAGCGAAGACGCAACUCGCAUCGACUUCAUCUCAUCCAAGGCGCGGAUCACAUGUAUAGAGGCCGCACGCAGCCUCUGGUCGACGAGAUCUGCCAGUGGUACGCAGAGCGUCAGAGAAACGCUGCAGACAACGGUGCUCCAUCGACGUCGAGGCUGUGA